CCCAACAUCCUUGUGCCAAACUCCACUCAAGAUGGGGUUUGGCAGGGGGAUAUUGCUACCAGAAUGGGCUUUCCUGUUAGCACUUUGCUGUAUCCAUCAAAUAGGAGGUCAGAUUGGAAUCCAAAUAGGAAGUCAGUUCUCUGGGGGUCUUCUACGAAAACAAAAUGCUUCUAUCAGGAUUUCAGCUAACUUGAACAUCAUCCCACCACUGCUGACAAAUCUAGCAAUAACACCUGCUAAUCCUGCUCACAAUGGCCGUGUGUGCAGCACUUGGGGCAACUUCCACUUCAAGACCUUCGACGGGGACAUAUUCACCUUCCCCGGGCUCUGUAAUUACGUUUUUGCCUCCCACUGCAACACUCCCUAUGAGGACUUCAACAUCCAGAUUAGGCGUGAGGUGGUGGCGAACAUUCCAACAAUCAACCGCAUCACCAUGAAACUCGAGGGUGUCGUGGCAGAACUAACAAAGGAUGCAGUCAUGGUCGAUGGCAACAGAGUUCAACUGCCAUACAGUCAAUCUGGUAUUACGAUAGAGAAGAGCAGCAUUUAUCUGAAAGUUGGCAGCAAAAUCGGUGUUGUGUUAUUGUGGAAUGAACAGGACAGCAUCCUGCUGGAAUUGAAUGAGAAAUAUGCCAAUCAGACUUGUGGACUUUGUGGUGACUUCAACGGCUUUCCCAUAUACAAUGAGUUUGUUUCAAACAAUAUUAAGAUGACAGCCUUGCAAUUUGGGAAUAUGCAGAAAAUGGAUGGGCCAACAGAACACUGUGAUGACUCCACUACUAUCCCGACAUAUACCUGCCCUGAUAAUCUUGAUAACAUAUGCGAGAAGACAUUGACCAGCUCUGCAUUUGCAGAGUGUAAUGAGCUAGUUGAUGUUAAAGAUUACAUUAAGGCUUGCCAAGAUGACCUGUGCCGCUCUGCAGAAUCUGAAAACAGCUCGUGCAUCUGUGACACCUUUGCUGAGUACUCCCGGCAGUGUGCUCAUGCUGGGGGGCAGCCCCUGGACUGGAGAACUUCAAAACUGUGCCCCAAGACCUGUCCCUACAACAUGCAGUACCAGGAGUGCAACACCCCCUGUGCUGAUACAUGCACGAAUCCUGAACGAUCUGUGUUUUGUGAAGAACACUGUAUUGAUGGCUGUUUCUGCCCCCCAGGGACUGUAUUUGAUGACAUCAACAAUUCUGGCUGCAUUCCCCAGCACGAGUGCUCCUGUAUUUACAAUGGCAAAACCUAUGCUACAGGAACUUCUUUUUCAGAGCCAUGCCAGACCUGUACCUGUAAUGGAGGCCAGUGGAGCUGCCAAGACAAGUCAUGCCCAGGAACGUGCUCUGUAGUGGGAGGUUCCCACAUUUCCACGUAUGAUAAGAAGAACUAUGAUCACCACGGAGACUGCACUUACGUCCUCUCUAAGGACUGUAAAGGUGACAAAUUUACCAUCCUGGCAGAACUACGCAAAUGUGGCCUGACCGACACCGAGACCUGCCUAAAAUCAGUGACCCUCAACAUGAACAAAGGACAAACUAUUGUCGAGGUCAAACCUGAUGGUGGUGUGUUUGUGAACUCCAUCUACACCCAGCUGCCCAUGUCAGCAGCUAAUGUCACCAUGUUCAGACCUUCCUCAUUCUUCAUGAUCAUGGACACAAGCUUUGGCGUGCAGGUUGAAAUGCAGUUCACACCCAUGAUGCAAGUGUUUGUGCGUCUGGAUGCUUCUUUCAAAAACCAGACUUGUGGUCUCUGUGGAAAUUUCAAUAACAUCCAAACUGAUGACUUCAAGGUCAUCAGUGGAAUAAUUGAAGGAACAGCAUCAGCAUUUGCAAAUACAUGGAAAACUCAGGCUUCGUGCCCUAAUAUCCAGCAGAGUUUUGAGAAUCCUUGUGCACUCAGCAUUGAUAAUGAAAAAUAUGCUCAGCAUUGGUGUGGACUGCUCACUAACAGCACAGGACCUUUUGCUGCUUGUCACUAUGCAAUCAAUCCUGCUGUUUACCACACGAACUGCAUGUUUGACACAUGUAACUGUGAAAACAGUGAGGACUGUCUGUGUGCAGCCCUGUCUGCCUAUGUGAGAGCUUGUGCUGCAAAAGGAAUCCAGCUGCAGGGAUGGAGGGCUGAUGUCUGCUCAAAAUACACCACCUCAUGCCCCAAAUCCCUGAGCUACAGCUAUACCAUCUCUUCUUGCCAACCCACCUGCCGCUCUCUGAGUGAGCCUGAUGUCACUUGCAACAUUAAGUUUGUCCCAGUUGACGGCUGCACCUGUGUAAAUGGAACCUACAUGGAUGAGAAUGGCAAGUGUGUGCCUGCUAAGGAAUGCCCCUGCUACUACAGAGGAUCUCCUAUACCAUUUGGAGAAGUGAUCCAUGAAAAUGGGCGUGUAUGCACUUGUGUCCAGGGAAGACUGAAUUGCAUUGGAGCACCAAAUCCAACUCCAGUCUGUGAAUCUCCCAUGGUCUACUUUGACUGUAAAAACAACACAGCAGGAACAACUGGAGCAGAAUGUCAAAAAAGCUGCCAGACUCUGGAUAUGCAGUGUUAUAGCUCACAAUGUACAUCUGGCUGCGUGUGCCCAGAUGGGCUUGUGUUAGAUGGGAAUGGUGGUUGUAUUCCUGAAGAGAAAUGUCCAUGUAUUCACAAUGAAGCCAUGUAUCAGCCUGGGGAAAAGAUCAACUUUGACUGUAACACCUGUGUAUGCAAGAAUAGAAAGUGGGAAUGUACCAAAGAUCAGUGUCUGGGCACUUGUGCUGUUUAUGGAGAUGGUCAUUAUAACACCUUUGAUGACAAAAGGUUCAGCUUCAAUGGAAACUGUGAAUACACACUGGUCCAGGACCACUGUGGGAAAAGUGGCACAGCCAAUGGGACCUUCAGGGUUGUCACUGAAAAUAUUCCCUGUGGCAAUACUGGGACAACUUGCUCAAAAUCUAUCAAAGUUUUCUUAGAGAGCUAUGAACUGAUCCUUGGCGAAGAGCGUGUCAGCGUCGUGAAGAGAGGUCAGAAUGAUGAGGUGCCAUACACAGUCCGCUACAUGGGAAUGUACUUGGUAAUUGAGACCAAAAGUGGACUGAUCCUCAUGUGGGACAAGAAAACCAGCAUCUUCCUCAAGCUCAGCCCUGGUUUCAAGGGCCAGGUCUGUGGUCUCUGUGGAAAUUAUGAUGGCAACAGCGUCAACGACUUUACUACAAGGAGUCAAUCUGUAGUAGAGAAUGUCCUAGAGUUUGGAAACAGCUGGAAAGUAUCCUCUACAUGCCCUGAUGCUUUCAGCGUCAAGGACCCAUGUUCUACCAACCCUUAUCGGAAGUCCUGGUCAGAGAAGCAGUGUAGCAUCAUCAACAGCAAAGUCUUUGCUGCCUGUCACUCUCAGGUUGAACCAGCAAAAUAUUACCAAGCAUGUGUGACAGACGCUUGUGCCUGCGACACUGGAGGAGACUGUGAUUGCUUUUGUACAGCAGUAGCUGCCUAUGCCCAAGCAUGUAGUGAAGUUGGUGUAUGUGUAGCCUGGAGAAGCCCGACAAUUUGUCCACUGUUCUGUGAUUACUACAAUCAGCAAGGAGAAUGUGAAUGGCACUAUAAGCCUUGUGGUGCUUCCUGUAUGAAGACCUGUAAGAACCCAAGUGGAAAAUGCCUCAAUGACCUGCCAGGCUUAGAAGGCUGCUACCCUAACUGCCCACCAGACAAGCCAUAUUUUCAUGAGGAUCAGAUGAAGUGUGUUAGUCUCUGUGACUGUUAUGAUGAUGAAGAUGGAAAGAUAUAUAAACGGGAUGAAUGCAAUAUAUGUGAGUGCACAUCAGAAGGUUUACAGUGCAAGUUCGAUGAUAAAGCCUGCAACUGCAUUUAUGAAGGGAAUAGCUAUAAAUAUGGUGAACUCAUCUACAACACCACAGACGGAACUGGAUGGUGUAUCAGUGCAACAUGCGAUGCCAAUGGAACAAUAAGCAGAGACAUCUUUAAAUGUGGCAUUUUUACAACAACCCCAUUUACAUUUUCCACAAGUCAGCCCACAACUACUUCAGAAACGACAACUGCAAUGCCAGUGACAACUGUAUGUGUGAAAAAUGUCUGUGUGUGGUCAGAAUGGUUUGAUUCUACUCAGCCUGAAAACAAAGAGGACAGUGGAGAUUAUGAAACAUUUCAAAAUCUAAAGGAUAAAGGAUACAGUGUGUGUACAAACCCAAGCGAAGUUCAAUGCAGAGCCAAAGAACACCCAGAUACUGAAAUUGCCAACCUUAACCAAACAAUUGAGUGCAGCCAAAGCAGAGGAUUAAUAUGCAAUAACCAGGACCAAGAAUCUAAGCAGUGCUAUAAUUAUGAAAUCAGAAUAUCAUGCUGCACAUACAUACCAUGUUCAGAAGUACAAACUACAACACCGACAACCACUCUCUCAGAACCAACACCAGAAACCACUGACAGAAUAAUCUCCAGUACUACUGCCCUGCCAACGCAAGGCACAACUGUCACUACACCCAGACCAGGAGAGCCAACCCAAGCUACCACCAUUGCCAGCACCUCCACAACCAUCACGGAAAGCACAACUACAUCUACAGAACAAACUCUUCCAACAGAAUUAUCCACUGUUGCUAUUAAAACAACAUCACCAUUUACUGCCUCCACCCCAGCAAUCAAAAUAGAAACCACAACUGGCACCACAGCUGUUCCCAGCACCACAACCCGAGCCAGAGAAGGCACAACCAUCAUUGCUGCUACCACUACCAGCACCUCUCCCCCUCAGACUGAAGGCACAACCAAAAUAAUUCCUCCCCCAACAACUGUGUCCCCUGGAACCAGCACCUCCAGCACCUCAAGGAUCACUGAGAGAAGCACCACAACGGCCUCAGGUACCUCUGCUCCAGGAGAAACCUCCAGUGUGGCAACACGGGCAGCAACAUCUCCAACUACAAUCUCUGAAAUCAAAUUUGAAACCACUGUUGGCACCACAGCUGUCCCCAGCACCACAGCCCGAGCCAGAGAGGGCACAACCAUCAUUGCUGCUACCACCACCAGCACAUCUCCCCCUCAGACUGAAGGCACAACCAUCAUCAUUCCUCCCCCAACAACUGUGCCCAGUGAGGCCACCAGCACUGCCAGCACCUCCAGAACCACUGCAGGAAGCACCACAGGAGCAUCAGCCACCUCUGCUCCAGGAGGAACCUCCAGUGCAGCAACCCGGGCAGCAACAUCUCCAACUACAAUCUCUGAAAUCAGAAUAGAAACCACUGUUGGCACCACAGCUGUCCCCAGCACCACAGCCCGAGCCAGAGAAGGCACAACCAUCAUCGCUACCACCACCAGCACCUCUCCCCCUCAGACUGAAGGCACAACCACCUUCACUCCACCCACAACAACAGUGCCCACCCCUGGCACCACCACUAUCCGCAUCUCCAAUUCCACAGACAACUGCGUGGUGGGACGCUGUGCCUGGACACAGUGGUUUAACGUGGACUCCCCUACUCCAGGCAGCGAAAAUGGAGAUUCAGAGACGUUUGAAAACAUCCGAGCUGCUGGGUAUGAGUUGUGUGACAAGCCACAAGAUAUCAAGUGCCGAGCUAAAGAUUAUGCUGACACCAUUGUGAGAAUAAUGGGACAGAAAUUUGAGUGCAGCCUUGAGAAGGGGCUUGUGUGCAAAAAUAAAGAUCAGAAUCUCAAGUACCCCACGUGCUUCGACUACGAGGUCUCAGUGCUGUGCUGUGACCAAAAACACUGCCAGACAACAUUAGCACCCACGGGCACCACAGUAAGCACCACCACAACAUCCCACCCAGCAGAAGCAACCACAGUGGCAAUCCAAACUGCAGCAACAACAACUGCUGUCCCCACACUUCCACAAAAAGAAGUAACAACCCCUGUAGGAACAAGUGCCCUCUCAACACAGGGAACCACCACCAUCACCCCAAGGUUCACCACGCCUGAGCAAGCCACCAGCACUGCCAGCACCUCCAGGACAUCUGAAAGAAUCAUAACAACGGCCUCAGCCACCUCUGCUCCAGGAGAAACCUCCACUGUGGCAACACGGGCAGCAACAUCUCCAACUACAAUCUCUGAAAUCAAACUAGAAACCACUGUUGGCACCACAGCUGUGCCCAGCACCACAGCCCGAGCCAGAGAGGGCACAACCAUCAUUGCUACCACCACCAGCACCUCUCCCCCUCAGACUGAAGGCACAACCAUCAUCAUUCCUCCCCAAACAACUGUGCCCAGUGAGGCCACCAGCACUGCCAGCACCUCCAGGACCACUGCAGGAAGCACCACAGGAGCAUCAGCCACCUCUGCUCCAGGAGGAACCUCCAGUGCAGCAACCCGGGCAGCAACAUCUCCAACUACAAUCUCUGAAAUCAAAUUUGAAACCACUGUUGGCACCACAGCUGUCCCCAGCACCACAGCCCGAGCCAGAGAGGGCACAACCAUCAUUGCUACUACCACCAGCACUGCCUCCACCGGUGUGUUCCAUACCACUCUUUCUCAGUCUGGAAGUACCACAGUAUCUUCAGCUGGUACAUCACAAUCAAGUUAUGUUACAACAAGCACUCCUGCAACCUUCAGUUCUUCCACCAGCACAUCUGUUACAUCCAGCAAAAUAACUCCAUGCUUUUGUCAUGUGUUUGAAACCUUAUUUUCUCCUGGGGAAGUGGUAUACAACAGAACAGACAGAGCUGGCUGUAAUUUUUAUGCACUUUGCAGCAAGGAAUGUGAGAUUGAGCCCUUCCAGGGACCGUGUCCUCUGACAACUCCUGUUCCUUCAACUACAUCACAAGCUGCCUCACCAACCACAGCAACAACCUCCACAACUUCAGUAGAAAGAAACUGUACUGAUGUCAAUCCUGAACGAAAGCCUGGAGAAGAGUGGAUAAAUGAAUGCCAGAAGUGUGUCUGUGACUCCCUCACUGCUACUGUGAAAUGCCAGCCACUCCCAUGCCAAACAGCUCAGCAAACUGUUUGUGACCUAGGAUUUGUUUCCAUGCCUGUACUACCACAAAAAGACCCAUGCUGUCCUGAAUUUGAAUGCCGACCUAUACCUGAUGUGUGUGUGAUUAAUGGAACAUUGUACACGGUUGGAAAGUCAGUAGUAAUUGACUCAUGUAAGAAGUGUACCUGCAGCUCUGAGAAAAAUCCAGAGACUAAUGCAAACGUUAUGCAAUGUGAAACAGUUCAGUGUGUGACAUCUUGCCCGCUGGGUUACCAGUACAUGACUGAGGAAGGAGAGUGCUGCGGGAAGUGUAUUGAAGUAGCUUGCAAAGUCAAACUCAGUAACAACACUGUUCAUGUGCUCAAUGUUAACGAGAUCCUGCCACUCGACCAAUGCAGCCAUUACAAAUGUGAAAAAAUUGAAGAUCAGUUUGUUGCAGUCCAAACUAAAAAAGUAUGCCCUGAGUACGACCCCGGAGAGUGCGAUCCUGACGACGCAGAGAUUACAUUUGAUGGGUGCUGCAAAAUAUGUAAACCUAAAAACUGCAAGCCUUACACCAAGGAAACUGUGAUCCGCCACGCUGACUGUGAGUCUCCAGAACCUGUUGAGCUGUCAUAUUGUGAAGGAACUUGUCCUGGCUCCUCAAUGUACUCUCUUGAAGCAAACCAGAUGGAACACAAGUGUGGUUGCUGCCAGGAACUCAGCACCCAAACAAGAGAGGUGACCCUGACUUGCCGAAAUGGAACCAGCAUAACUUACAACUAUCUCUACGUGGAAAACUGCCACUGUGUGAAUGCUUGCUCUUCACAAACCACUGCAGCACAUGACUCCCAAUUCCAACAAUCUGUAAAAUACGGCUCCCAAUUGCAACAAGCUGUAUCACUUGGUUCCAAAUGGCAACUCAGAUGAGGAUUUGAUCAUUGGAAAAAGAAAGCAGAGACCCUAGGAAGCUGGAAUUAUGUCUUCUUCAGAAUAACUUGUGCUCCUUCUUCAA